AUUUUUAUUUUCUGGAUCUGUAUUUUAUGAGAAUUUUAGCAAUGGCUCGAAAGAAUAUUAAAAAAAGUACUUAUACAGUUAAUUCUGUCUUGAAGGAACGCAUAAAUGUGGACAAAUAUAGACAAGAAAUGACUGCGGCAUGGAUUAAUGAUAUUCCUGAUGAUGCUCUACCAGUGGAAGAUGUGGAAGAUUUUGAUGAACGAUUUAAAAAGGAAUAUGCUAAUAAAGAAGGCCCUUCUUCACUUCGAGGAAUAAUAGAAAAAUACAAAAAAUUACCACUUGAUGUAAAACUUAAACCUGUAAGUGCAUUACCAAAGGGUUCAAAAGAAUCAGUAUCGGUUGAAAAUAUUGGUAUUUCUAAGUCACAAAAUUUACCAAAACAAAAAGCUGUUGAUCUUGAAAAACAAAGCGUUUUAAAAAAUAACGUCCAGUCUAAUAUAAUAAAGAAAUUGAAAGAAUUCGAGAAGUCUGUAUUAUCGCAGGCAUUUAAGAACUUGCAAGAUAAUCCAUAUUCAUCAACAUCAACUCUGCAAUCACAAAGUACACAGAUAGGUUUUCCAUUGAAGGCACAGCCGAAUUCACCUUCAUCACCAGCUAAGACGAAGUAUGAUACUCAGAUAUUAUUCCAAAGAUCCAAAAUUUACAAGUAUGGUGAUACAAUUCCGGAUACCAUGCCAGAAUUCAAAAAUUUUGUGGGUCCUCAAAAUGCAAGAACCAAUGUGAAAAUUGUGAAGAAACAUCAAAGCAUAGCAGUAGGGUCAGGAAAUAUGAAUAAGUUACAAAGUGUUACGGUAGGUGCUAAAAAAACCAAAAACAUACACGGCAAUUUCACUGGAUCUAGAAAUGCGCAAAAACUGCAAGAGGCAUUAUUUGGAACGAAUAAUGUGCACAAAUUGCAAGAAUCUUCGAUUGAAUCGAAAAAUGUACACAAAUUGCAUGAUCUCUUGCCUGAAUCCAGACGUGCGCAUAAAUUGCACGGUGCUUCGAUUGAACUUAAAAAUGUGCAUAAAUUACAAGAUGCAUCUAUCGAACCGAAAAAUGUGCAUAAAUCGCAAGAUCUCUUGUCUCGAUCCAGGCGUAUGCAUAAAAUGCACGGUGCUUCGAUCGAUAUUAAAAAUGUGCAUAAAUUACAAGACGCUUCGAUCGAACCAAAAAGUGUACCUAAAUUACAAGAUAUUUCGUCAGGACCCAGUACUGUGAAUAAAAUAAAAAAAACUUUUAUUGGACCAAAAAAUAUCUGUGGAUCUGAAAAUAUACAUAAAAGUCAAGAAAGCGUUACAAAACCUACAAAUUUAAAUAAUUUGCAAGAUACUUUAAUAGCAUCUAAGAGUAUGUAUAUAAAGGAAACUGCCUUCACAGGAGGUAAAAAUGUGAAUAAAACUGGAAACACCUUGUUGGAGCCCAUCCAUUCACAUAAACUGCAAAACAAUUUAUUAGAAACUAAAAAUAAAUUACAUGAUACCUUGAGAGAACCUAGAAACGUGAAAAAAGUUUCUGAUUUCGUGAGGGAAUACCAAAAUUUAAAUGAAUCGAAAUUAACACCGUUGGACCAAAAAUAUGGAAAACAAGUACUAAAAACUGAAUUUGAAGCAAUAAAUAAAAAUAAUUUGCAAGAUGUUGUGAUGGAAUCCAAAAAAGUAAAGAUGAUUCCAAAUGUUGUAGUAAAAUCUAACAACAAACAUCUUCCUCAACAAUCCGCUUUAGGCUCUCGUAAUGUGAAUAAUUUAGAAGAUGUUGAAAAAGCAUCCAAAAUUAUGAAUAAACGUGAAAGCAACCAUGUGGUUCCAAUGAACGUAAAAAAAGUUCCACUUCACAUAAAUCCGAAUAAAGGUGAGAAAAGUACGAUAGAUCUAGGAAAUGUAAAGAUAGUUCAAAAUACUAUAAAUGAAGAUACCUUUAAAAAUGCUGAGAAAAGAACAAUAAAUGUCAAAAAAAUUGAAAAGGAUAAGUUUGUUUCUGGGAACGUAAAUAAAAUGAAAAAUAUAGUUGUAGUUGAUAAAAAACCACAAGUUCCCUUAAUACCUCAGACAAAUCUGAAUAAACGCGAUGAACCUAAGACAAAUCCGAGAUAUGUGAAGAAAGUUCAAAACACCAUUAACUUUGCUUUAGAUAAUGCUGAGAAACCAAAAAUAAAUGUAAAGAAAGUAGAAGACCGUAAGUUUGUAUCUGGAAACGCAGAUAAAAUAAAAGAAGUGGCUGUUGGUGAUAAAAACCAUCAAGUUUCAUUAAUACCUUUGCCAAGUCUGAAUAAGCGGGAACAACCUAAGACCGAUCCAAAAAAUGUAAAGAAAGUGCAAAAUACCAUUAAUGAAAUUUCUUUAAAAAGUGCUGAGAAGCAAACAAUAGAUGUGAAAAACGUAGAGGAAACUAAGUUUGUAUUUGGAAAUGCAAAUAAAAUAAAAGAAAAGGUUGUAGAUAAUAAAAAACGAGAAGUUGCCUUGAUAGAUGCAACAAAUGCAGUGAAGAAACUUCAAAUGGAAAACGCUGAAAUCGUCAGUAAGCUUCACAAUAUUAUGGCUGAAUCCAUCUUAGGUUCAAGACUUGUAAGAAAAUCUCAAAAGGGUGCGACCAAAGAUAAAAAUGUAAAUCGACUUACUGGUGGCAUAACUCCGUCAAAAAUGACAAGAACACUUCAAGAUGUCUUAACAACUAAAUCUCAAGAUAUUCCGCUAACAAGGAAAUCCAAUAAUGGCGUCGGGACAAAAAAUAAAUUGGACUACAUGCACAUUUUAGAGAAACGUAAUUUAGGUGUAAGUGGAUUUUCUGCACCUUACAAAAAAAGCUAUCACCAAUAUGAUUUGAUUGGGAAAAUCUCAAGUGAAACUAAUGAGGUUUCGAAACCAAAUCGCGUAUUUAAUUCAAAAACCUCAGCAAUUUGUAAUAUUUCUCCUAACAUAAAGAGUUCCAAAAAAAAACCAACAGCUAUGGGAUUUAAAGAAAUUUAUUCGACUAAGUUGACUGCAAAGCCAUCAAAUAAAAAACCAGGAACAAUGACCAAUUCAUCAAAGGAAGCAACUAAAGUAUUAUUAAGAAAUAAGAGUAAAGUCGAUAAAAACGUUAAAUCUAAGCAAUUAAUUAACAAAACUAAUAAUACAUCACCUGUUGUGAAUUUUCCACAUGUCGUAGGUCAACCUAUAAAUAAGCAGAAGCCGACAACUCUCAUUACUGGUGCAGUAAAAAAAGCUGAAAACCCAAAAACAAAGAACUCUCUGAAGUCAAGACUACUACAAAAUUCUUCAGUAAAGAAUAAAAAUGAUAAAUACUUGGAAAUUCAACAAUCUUUAAAGAAGAUUACGCUUUCCAGUGCUCCCAAAUUUCAAGCGACUAAAAAGAAAAAACUUUGAAAAAUUGAUGCAUUCGUCCAUAGUACACCAUAGGAAUAUGUACGAAACCUUAAAUGAUGAAAUAGGAUGCAGAGGUAUCAACAUUGGAUGAA